CCACCUCCUCGAGCACAUCUCCGUCCUCAACACCGCUGCUCUCUUCUCCACUCCAGAAAAGAACAAAAACCCACCAAUGCAGCUCCCGACGAGUCUUCCGCCGGCGGCCGCGAACGCGCUGCCGCUGCUGCGCACGCUGACGCUGUUCACGAUCGCGGGCGCGGCAAUUGCCUCGCGUCUGUUCUCGGUCGUGCGAUUCGAGUCCAUCAUCCACGAAUUUGAUCCGUGGUUCAAUUUCCGGGCGACGAAGUACCUUGUCGCCAACGAUUUUUACUCGUUUCUGGACUGGUUCGAUGACAGGACUUGGUACCCGCUCGGACGGGUCACAGGUGGUACGCUCUACCCGGGCUUGAUGGUGACUUCGGCGCUCAUCUUUCAUGGGUUGAAAGCGCUUACGCUGCCGGUUGAUAUCCGCAAUAUCUGCGUCAUGCUCGCGCCGGUGUUUUCGGGACUGACGGCGUAUGCUACGUAUUUGUUUACUCGCGAGAUGAAGGAUCACUCUGCUGGUCUGCUUGCCGCCGCGUUUAUUGGCAUUGCCCCUGGCUACAUCUCGCGCUCGGUUGCCGGAUCGUAUGAUAACGAGGCAAUUGCCAUCACACUGCUCAUGUUUACCUUCUACCUCUGGAUCAAGGCGCUCAAGCUCGGCUCCGCGUUCUGGGGCGCGCUCACUGCGUUAUUCUACUUCUACAUGGUAGCAGCCUGGGGCGGGUACGUGUUCAUCACAAACAUCAUCCCCUUACACGCGCUCGUGCUCGUGAUUAUGGGCCGCUACUCGAGCCGGCUGUAUGUGGCCUACUCGUCCUGGUACGCGCUCGGCACGCUUGCCAGUAUGCAGAUCCCGUUCGUCGGGUUUCUUCCGAUCCGGUCGAGCGAGCAUAUGGGCGCGCUGGGGGUGUUUGGGCUGUUGCAGUUGGUUGGAUUUGCGGUGUACGUGCGUGCGCGGGUGCCGAGCAAGCAGUUCAAGGUGCUUGUCGUCGGAUCCGUCGGCGCGCUGGUGGUGCUCGGAGUCGCGGGCAUCGUCGGGCUGACUGUGAGCGGCGUGAUUGCGCCGUGGACGGGCCGGUUCUAUUCGUUGUGGGAUACGGGCUACGCAAAGAUCCAUAUCCCGAUUAUUGCGUCGGUGUCUGAGCACCAGCCGACUGCGUGGCCGUCGUUCUUUUUCGACACGUUCAUGCUGAUCUGGCUGUUCCCCGCGGGCGUGUACGUUGUCUUCCAGGAGUUGAGGGACGAGCAUCUGUUUGUGAUUAUCUAUGGAAUCCUGGCGAGUUAUUUCGCGGGGGUGAUGGUGCGCUUGAUGUUGACGCUGACGCCGAUUGUGUGCGUGUGCGGCGCGGUCGCGUUGUCGAAUAUCCUUGAUAUCUACACGAAUCUUGAAAAACCAGUGGAGGAGGAGGAAGAGAAGAAGGAGGAGAAGGAGGAGGCGUCGCCGCUGAAGAAGGCGACGACGUCGCUGAUCGAGGACGAGGCGUCGAUUCUGAGUCUGGGCAGCAUGUCGAAGAAGCCGCUGAUUGGUGUGUAUUCCAACUGGGCGCGGGGGAUCGUGCUCGGGAUGUUUACGCUGUACCUGUAUAUGUUUGUGCAGCACUGCACGUGGGUGACGUCGAACGCGUACUCGUCGCCGUCAGUCGUGCUCGCCUCGCAGAUGGCGGACGGGUCGCAGCACAUCAUCGACGACUUCCGCGAGGCGUACUAUUGGCUGCGGAAGAACACUGCCGAGGACGCGAAGGUGAUGAGCUGGUGGGAUUACGGGUACCAGAUCGGCGGGAUGGCGGAUCGGACGACGUUGGUGGAUAAUAAUACGUGGAAUAACACGCACAUCGCGACGGUCGGGAAAGCAAUGUCGAGUCGGGAGGAGGUGUCGUAUCCGAUUCUGAGGAAGCAUGAUGUUGAUUACAUCCUUGUUAUCUUUGGCGGACUGCUCGGGUACUCUGGCGACGACAUCAACAAGUUUCUGUGGAUGGUGCGUAUCGCGGAGGGAAUCUGGCCGGAGGAAGUCAAAGAGCGGGAUUUCUUCACCGCGCGCGGCGAGUACCGCGUCGACGCCGAAGCCACGCCGACGAUGAAAAACUCGCUGAUGUACAAGAUGUCGUACUACCGCUUUGCGGACGUGUUUGGCCGGCAGCCGGCGAUCGACCGGGUUCGCAACCAGCGGAUCCCGAGUCCGAUGCAGGACGCGAGCGCGGCGCCGAUCGAGCUGAGCUCGGUCGAGGAGGCGUUCACGUCCGAGAACUGGAUCGUGCGGAUUUAUAAGGUCAAAGAGCUUGAUCCGUUCGGACGGGAGCAUGCGGCCGCGACGGCGUUUGAGAGCGGGAAGAAGAAGAGCGGGGCGAGGGGGAGGACGGCGCCGGUGGGGGGGCAUGCGAAGGGGCGGGCGAGGGUGUUGAGAGUAUAGUCAGUGUGAGUGAGUUGUCAAAAGUGGUUACAGUGUAUAGUUUAGUUUAAGUAAAUGUGAGAUUAGAUUUAGAACUGUGAAUUGAACAGUUCGUGCCCUGUUCUUUAGUCUUUCUAUAAAAUUUGACAGUGGUGACUGAGUCAGGAGAUAAACUCGUUGAGUCUUCAGAGCGUGGAUGCCACGCGACUCAUCUUAUGCUUAUUCCACCUUAAAAGUGAAAGUAAAAAGUAGAGUAAACAAA